ACAACAGCUGACACGUGAUAGCGGGUGUCUUGGUUGGGCUGCGCCGUCAACGUACGACUAUUAAACUUCGUAAAAGGUAAUUUUUGUUAGCGUUGAGGUGAAGGAGUUCGCCAAACACGCGCAUAUAUUCUGUAUGUGGCCCGAAGUGUCGUUUCCCGGGGCUGUGCUUCGACAGUGAGGCUGGGAGGCGUUGUGCGCGCCUAUUGGCAUGCCCGCUUACUUACGUAAGAUCGCCGUAUCAUCGCCUAUCGGGUGUCAAGAGAACGGAGCGAGUCUUUCGUUUCGUAGAUGACGAUCAUGAGCGUUCUUUCGGACGACGAAGAUGCUUGCGGUGCUGCCGAUCUAUCACCUGAGGAAGAACUAUUGCAGGCCGCGAGAUCAGGCUCAUACACGGCUGUUGAGAACCUCCUCAACAACGCUGCAGCGGAAAAAGUCGCCCCCAAUGUUGACUGCAAAGGCACGCAGAAGGCCAAUUUGGGCUGGACACCACUGCACUUGGCCUGCUACUUUGGACAUUUCGAUGUGGCUGAACUUCUACUUCAGCAUGGAGCCUAUGUGGAUGUCAUCAAUCGUGAAGGAGACACCCCCUUGCACAAGGCAGCUUACACCGGCCGUGAGGGCCUGGUGAUGCUGCUUCUGAAGCACAAUGCAGAUGUUUUCAUCAUAAAUUGCGAGGGGCAGUCGCCACGCCAAGUGGCCAAGGAUGAAGAUAUCAAACGCAUUUUGGCAGCUGCAGAAGCUGCUGAUGCAAGAAAGAAGGCCGACAAACUUUUUGCAGCUGCGAAGGAAGGGAACGUGCAGACAAUACAAUGCCUGCUUCGUGGGAGUCAUCCGCCAAGCAUCAACAGUGUUGAUGGCUUUGGCAACACUGCGUUGCACUGUGCGGCAUACUGUGACAACAAGGAAGUGGCUGUCUUCCUCCUGCAGUGUGGUAUUAACUCAACACUGCGUAAUCACAGAGAGCAGUUGGCAUCUGAUUUGGCACGGACAGAUGAGAUGAGACAGAUUCUUGAUGUGGAACCCAUUCGUCAGUUACGCAAGAAUGCCAGCAGGCAUGAGGGACCCCUACUGAGGAGGAAGAGAUUUCUAGGUCCUCGUCCAGUGUGGGCUGUUCUUGACAGAGGAGUGCUCUCAUUUUUUCGUUCACGUGGUGAUGCUGCAUCUGGGAUGCGUCGGAAACGCUUCUACUAUCUGGAUGCUGCUAAAGUUGAGUGUGAUCCUGGUGAUGAGGCAGCAUUUUCUGUUAUGUUUCCUGAAGACCCUCCUGAAAGGCUGGCUGUUCCUCCAGAUGAAAAUGACAAGGUGGACCGCAUGAAGUGGGUGGCAAAGCUGAAAGAGCACAUUGAGUUCAGCCGGCACUAUACGCAUCAGGGCUUGCAUGCCUCGGACAGUGAGGAGGACGAACCCAUGCCCCUGGGCUCCAUUGAAGACGUUUUGUCGACAGCCCAGGCCCAGCAGCAGCUUCUGCAACGCGGUGUGGACAGGGCAACCUCGCUGCAUGCCAGCCUGGUGCAGCUGCUGGACGCCCACCGCUUGGGCCUGGCAGGCCCCUGCCAGGAGUUGUUGUCUCAGUGGCACGAGCUACUGCUGCUGUCCCGGUCCGUUACCAGCAGCCUUUCGAAGUGCACGCUGCUCCUCAAACAGCAAGAGGAGUCCAGGGCGGCUGAGCUGGCACAAGAGCGGGAGCGGUCACGUGUUCUGCAGGAAAGCCUCAGCGUCCUCGCGAGGGAGCACCACCAGUUGGAGUGCACUCUCAGCAAUCCACGCCUCAACCACAUCCCGGGAGAUGAAUCUGAAGACGAAUUUUUUGACGCCUAUGAAGGGGAGGCUUCUCCGAGCAGUGACAAUCAAGUUCCAGCGGAAGUAGCAACCACGAAGGGAGACACCAUGCCAGAGGAACUAAGCUCAUCAUUGUCCAAGGAAAAGGACCGAGGAUUCUGGGGCAGAACACGUCUUCCAGUGCCCAUGUUCUCAAAGAACGACUUCAGCCUAUGGAGUAUCCUGAAGCAAUGCAUAGGCAAGGAGUUGUCCAAGAUCACCAUGCCUGUCGUGUUCAACGAGCCGUUGAGCUUCCUACAGCGCAUUUCAGAGAACAUGGAGUACAGCCAUUUGCUCGUUCAGGCUGAUGAAGCUACCGACCCCAUCGACAGAAUUGAGCUGGUAACUGCAUUUGCAGUGUCUGCACUUUCAUCGAACCUCGAACGAUUGAGCAAACCUUUCAACCCUCUUCUUGGUGAGACAUACGAACUGGUCAGAGAUGAUGUGGGCUUCCGAAUGGUGUGUGAACAAGUCAGCCAUCACCCACCCGUGAGUGCAUUCCACGCCGAAUCGCCCCACUUCAAAGUGCACGGCUCGGUGUACCCGAAGCUGAAGUUCUGGGGAAAGUCUAUCGAAAUUAAACCUGAGGGCCACCUGACUGUGGAUCUACUUUCGCAUGGGGAGUCAUAUACAUGGACCAAUGUAAACUGCUGCAUCCACAACAUCAUUGUGGGAAAGCUAUGGUUUGAACAGUACGGCGUUAUGGAGAUUGUUUGCCAGAAGUCUGGACUGACAUCAUCCCUCACUUUCAAGCAAGCUGGCUGGUUCUACAAAGAUUUGCAUCGGAUAGAGGGAUUCAUUUUUGACAAGCAAAAAUCGCGCCUGCGCUUUCUUUAUGGCAAAUGGACAGACUACCUCAAGGCAGCACCCGUCGCCGAAUAUGAGGAGUACAUGCAGACCCACAACUUCCGUGCCCCCGAACAGCCACCACUUGGCACCGCCAACUCAGCAAGUGCGGGAGCAAGUCCUGCACACACCCCCAAGCGCAUGUACGCCAAGCUGAACAGUCUGACACGUUCCCUGACGGGAGGAUCGCAGGGUGACGUCCCAGGACCUAAGAGUCCUGAACCCUGUGACCUUGAUGACGGAGAGAUUCCCAAGAGUGAUUCGACGUACUCACUCGACAUCCCAAAUUCUCGUCUUCUUUGGCGAGUCACACCGCGACCAGAGUGUGCUGCCCAGUAUUACAACUUCACAUUGUUUGCCAUGGCGCUUAACGAGAUGGAAGAAGGGAUGGAGAAGGAGCUGCCCCGAACCGACUGCAGAUUGCGGCCAGACAUGCGACGGUUGGAGGCAGGAGAUCUGGAUGGUGCUGCAGCAGAGAAAAAUCGUUUGGAAGAGAAACAGAGGGAAGCACGCAAAUAUCGCAAGAAGCACAAGGACCUCUGGGAGCCGAGAUGGUUUCGCCACGUUAAGGGAGCACACUCACACGAGGACGAAUGGCAGUUCAACGACAAGUACUGGGACCGCGACUUCACCUCUUGCCCAGACAUCUUUUGAAAGUCUCCUGGGCCGAGCCCAGUGCAUUGUGACUCCUUUCAGCCAUCAACCAGCAAAGUCUACUCCCUCAGUCACAAAAGACAAAAACUACAUCGUCCUUCAUCUGGGGAAAAAACGGCCCACUGUUUUCAAAUGUCCCAUCAACACGACACAGGAGACGGUGAUCAGAGGGCAGCUGGAAAUCUCAGCAGCAUGCCACUGCAUCCCUCGAUCCCUUUACGAAGCGGCUUUGCGAAUACUUGGCAAAGCGCAACAGGUUGGUGAUGGCAGCUGCACUCAGGUUCUCAAAGUUGUCAUGCCCGUACGUCAGUCUUUCGUGGCACAGCAGCAGCCUCCCUCCCCACCAGUGGCUGCUUUUGCGGAGGAAAAAAAAAAAAAAGUUGUGGCAUUUGUAGUCUCCUUCCCGGAGACACCCAAUGGUGCAUGAUGUCUGUUAUGUAGCUGUAGCAUGACACGUGUGCAAUCAUUGGCACGCAGUGUUAGUUUUGAGUCUGGAAUGAAUGUAGAUCUGUGCUGCUGUUGUCCCUGAGAGCCAUCAUACUGUACAACCACGUGGCGCUAUCUAGACCGUGGUGGUUUCUCUUGUUGCAGAAGUUGCCGAACCGUGACGUGUCGUGCAUGUGUUGACUAGUGUACAAGUUUCGAAACAGGGCCGUGUUGUUCAUAGGGCUCGAUUCUGUUACCGUUACUUUUAGGAUAGGUUUUUAGCAUGCAUAUAAGUUCCUGGAUGUCCAAUACGUGCUGCUUACUACUACUCAAAUAGGCUGAAAUGCAAUAUUUUAAGAUGUUGGAAGACGUAUACUAGCAGCUGCACGGUGUCAGUAGCUAGUCAUAUUUUAUUUUGCAUCACAAGUAGCCACACACGGCGGCACAUGUGACAGAAGCAGCCACAGAGCUGAAAUAUGUAAUGUUUGUGCAUACUGUUUUAUAUGUUUGUUUUUCAAAUUAAAGAUGUGAGCCAGUUUGUCAGUGUUUUGUGUUGAAUUGGUAUGUGGACCAUGCAGGCUUAUGCUGCACUGCAUCUCACUGAGAAUCUGUGUCAAAAUGAGUAGUUAGUCCGAACCAUUAGAUGGUUUACACAAAGUGUCAACUUGAAUGGCAGUGUAUCUUUUGGCACAUUUCAGGUAUGGGCAUCUUGAAAGAAGCUGUAGGAUUUUCGCUAAGCUCAGAUGCUUUGACUGCUGCUCAGCUUCAAUUUCCCCUUACUUAAAUACCUGAAAAGAAGAAACUUAUAUUCUGGCAUUGGAAUUUGUAAGGCAAAUAAUAUCUGCCUGUUAUAUCAAUGCACAUUAGCAGAUAUGCAGUGCUUGUUUUGUGCACUUGGGUCUUUUUUUAUCUGUUUAGUGUGAAUACACAGUAUGUGGAAAGCAAAGUGAAAAAAUUGGUAGGGUUAGAAGGACAACUUUUGCAAAGAGAGCCAAUGGGGUAGUAGCUGACAGACGGAACAAGGUUGACAUCAACGAGCACCUAAUACACUAUUAGCCUUGCUCAUGGACUGGAAGUUUAGCCUUACCACCAGCUUAUCUCAUAUUCACAUAUGUGCAUACAAAACAGGGUCCCAUUUUUCUGUUGUCUUGGCCAGGAGUGGUAGUUGGUUUAAAUUCUUGCACUUCUUGAUUUAUGCUGUUUAGGUUGUUGAAAGAGACGGAGGAAAAGGGCUGUUGAUUGCUGUCAUGCUUACCAUGAGAUAGUCAGGGCUUUGAGCACAAGACUUUCUAAUCAUUUUCUAGCAAUGUGCCUGCCUUGGCUACAAAAUUAUUAGCACUAUUAGCAAUUGAUUCGGUACGAUCAAAUGCAUUGCAAUAUGAAUGCCUCCACCACAAGCACGACUACAGCGAAUUUACCUUCACAACGAAUGAACCUAGGCACCUUUCACAACUGACUUGUUGCAAUAAAUCAGAUGAUUGUUAUUAACUAACCACUGCCUGAACUUCCGCCAAUAGACCAUAGUGAACAUGGGAUGUACAGACUGGUGCCACGACGUGAAACAUGCGAGAGAGUCCCACAGAGCAGUAAUCGCAUGCAGUUUCCACCCACCAAUACAUUGGAGUAGGUGGGCAAGUUGUUGGGAGCAAGAGCAAAAAGAAUUCGAAGUGAUGGCAAGAUGCCCGCUAGCUGAGCACAAAUAAGCAACCAUAGACCUCAAUUCCAAAAUGUUGGCUUUACUCGCAUACAUAUCAACCAUUACGCGCACUGGAAAACACCUGGUCUUCACCUAAAAAGCAGACCUCCAUAAAGUUUAUAAUUAUAAAUUCUGUUCCACGUACUCAUGUUCCUAUAUAUCAACAUUAUUUUAAAUAUCAGAACUAUGUUUAGGGCAUGAAUAAGUUUGACGUAACCGGGAUUGGCAUGCUGAGUACUUCAGAGACAGCCCUAUGUAGCAAGCGAAACGAGAUAUUUCAGGCAAGGCGAUAGUCCUUACAUGCGAGAAAGUUUUUACAAAGUUUAAAAGAAGGAAUUGUGAAAAGUGCCAAUAAUAUAAAUUAGAAAAUGUUGAAACUGUGUUAGCAGUUCUCAAAGCUGUGUGCUCCUG